UCUCUCCCUGCUGGUCGGUUCAUACCGUCACCGGACACAGAACCGACCGGACUCUCGCGUCUCCUCUUCUCUGCACAACAAGUUUGGCGGCAGCAGCGCGCUGACCGCGGCCGGCCGGAGGAGGAAUGCGUGUGUUCGUGUUGACUGAGAAGGAGAGCGGAGCGGAGAGAGGCUGAGGAGAUGCGCAGCUGACUGAGAAGGAUCCCUGCAGGGCGACGGACGGCUGGGCUCAACUUGACGGGGACGCGGUGCUGAUCUGACGGCGCGGACUCUCUGACAGCUCGGCACCGAACAGGACCUGUGGGUGGGCUGCAGGGACCCUGACCUCCUCCUCCUCCUCCUCCUCCUCCUGCUGCUGUACAGAUAUCCUGUCUCUCCUCCUCUCACCCCCCCGUGUUGUUCUGCAGGAGGAGAUGGACACACGCACCGCGCCAUGCGUCACUCCAAACCUGACAUGAUAUCCAACAUUAUAUAAUCCGAACAGCUGCAGCUGGUUCAGCGUCCACACCUGAAGAGUGAUAAUUCCUCCAGAGAGCAGCCGGAGUAAACUUUCCCUCUGCGGUCCUCCCUCUCUGUCCCUCUCUGUCCCUCUCUGUCCCCCCCGUCCCCUCUGUCUCCCUCUCUGGUGACACAUCAGUAGGAUUUCCAUGAAGCGCCGCAUCGGGUGAUUUUUUUUUUUUUCUUCCUCGGGGAUUUUUGCUGUUUGUGCACCGGGACACGAUGUGGACGCCGACGGAGGACGAGAAGAUCGGAGUUGUGAUCUGCAACUUCCGGGGCUCGGUGACUCAGGGUUUGGCUCUGGAGGUGGGAGAGACGGUUCAGAUUCUGGAAAAAUGCGAAGGAUGGUACAGAGGAUUCUCAACCAGGAAGCCAAAUGUCAAGGGAGUUUUCCCAGCGAGCUACGUCCACCUGAAGAAAGCCAUCGUCACCAACCGAGGGCCACAUGAGACCGUCGUGCCGCUCGAGGACCCGAUUGUCACCGAGGUGACGUCCACGCUGCAGGAGUGGGCCUUACUGUGGAAGCAGCUCUACGUGAAACACAAGGUGGAUCUGUUCUACAAGGUUCGACACGUGAUGAUGGAGCUGAUCGACCUGAGGAGGCAGCUGCUGUCUGGUCACCUGACGCAGGACCAGAGCCGAGACGUCAAGAGACACAUCACCGUCAGGCUGGACUGGGGCAACGAACACCUCGGACUGGACCUGGUGCCACGGAAGGAGUUUGAGAUGGUGGACGAGGACCAGAUCAGCGUGUCAGAUCUCUAUAAGAUGCACCUGUCGAGCCGACACAGCGUCCAGCAGAGCACCACACAGGGUGACGGGACCCGGCAGCGCCACGGGGAACCCUGCAGGGUUCCAGUACCGCACCACCUGCUGGUCAACCUGAAGAGCUUCACCUACAACAGCAUCGGAGAAGACACGGACAUCUUCUUCUCUCUGUACGACCUGAGAGAAGCCAAGACCAUCAGUGAGAAGUUCAUGGUGAGACUGAACAAGAACGGAGGCCCGAAGAAUCCAGAGAAGGUGGACCGGCUGUGUGCGCUGUUCACGGACCUGAGCAACAAAGACAUGAAGAGAGAUCUGUACAUCAUCUCCCAGGUCAUCAGAACAGGUCGUAUGCUGCUGAACGACAGUAAGAAAGGUCCUCCUCAUGUUCAGUACCGCCGGCCGUACGGCUGCGCUGUCCUGGCCAUGAGCGACGUGCUGCAGACCAUCUCAGAGCUCAAAGAGGAGAAAGACUUCGUCCUGAAGGUCUACACGUGCAACAAUGAGAACGAGUGGUACCAGAUCCACGAGAACAUCAUCCGCAAGUCCAGCACCAAAUACACAGCUCCCAGCACCAACUACGGGCUGAUCAUCUCUCUGCAGCUGCUGAGGGGCGACAUGGAGCAGGUCCGCAGGGAGAACCCACUCAUAUUCAGCAGAGGAGUGGCCAUCACUCGUAAACUGGGCUUCCCCGAUGUCAUCAUGCCAGGUGACAUCCGUAACGACCUGUACCUGACGCUGGAGCGAGGCGACUUCGAGCGAGGAGGGAAGAGCGUUCAGAAGAACAUCGAAGUCACCGUCUACGUCCUGUACGCCGAUGGAGAGAUCCUCAAGGACUGCAUCAGUCUGGGUUCUGGUGAGCCCGGCGUGCCGGAGCACCGCUCCUUCGUCCUCUAUCACAACAACAGCCCUCGAUGGAGCGAAGUCAUCAAACUGCCGAUUCCCAUCGACCGAUUCCGAGGAUCCCACCUCCGCUUCGAGUUCAGACACUGCUCCACGAAGGACAAAGGCGAGAAGAAGCUGUUUGGUUUCGCCUUCACUCCUCUGAUGAGGGAGGAUGGGACCACGCUGUCAGACGAGAGCCAUGAACUCUACGUUUACAAGUGUGAUGAGAACACCACCUUCAGUAACCACGCCCUCUACCUGGGCCUCCCCUGCUGUAAGGAGGACUUCAACAGCUGCCCCAGCAUCCCGUCCAGCCUCAUCUUCCAGCGCAGCACCAAGGAGACCUUCUGGAUCUCCACCCAGCUCUCCUCCACUAAGCUCACUCAGAACGUGGACCUGCUGGCUCUGCUCAAGUGGAAGGCUCAUCCAGAACGGGUCAUGGACAUCCUGGGCCGGCUGCGACACGUCAGCGGAGAGGAGAUCGUGAAGUUCCUCCAAGACAUCCUCGACACGUUAUUUUCCAUUUUGGACGACAACACGGACAAGUACGGACCGCUGGUGUUCCAGUCUCUGGUGUUCAUCAUAAACCUGCUCAGGGACAGUAAAUAUUACCACUUCAGGCCGGUGAUGGACACGUACAUCCAGAAGCACUUCGCUGGAGCGCUGGCUUACAAAGAGCUGAUCCGCUGUCUGAAGUGGUACAUGGACCGGUCUGCAGAGGUGGUCCGACAGGACCACAUACAGGAAGCCAUGAGGGCUCUGGAGUAUCUCUUCAAGUUCAUCAUCCAGUCUCGGAUCCUUUACUCUCGGGCCACCUGCGGGAUGGAGGAGGAGCAGUUUCGCACCAGCAUCCAGGAACUCUUCCAGUCGAUCCGCUUCGUCCUCAGCCUGGACAGCCGCAACUCAGAGACCCUCAUCUUCACCCAGGCCGCCCUGCUGAACUCGUUCCCGGCGAUCUUCGACGAGCUGCUGCAGAUGUUCACGGUGCAGGAGGUGGCUGAGUUCGUGCGCGGCACUCUGGGCAGCAUGCCGUCCACGGUGCACAUCGGACAGUCCAUGGACGUCGUCAAACUGCAGUCCAUCGCCCGGACGGUGGACAGCCGGCUCUUCUCCUUCCCAGAGUCUCGGAGGAUCCUGCUUCCUGUGGUGCUGCAUCACAUCCACCUUCACCUGAGGCAGCAGAAGGAGCUGCUCAUCUGCUCGGGAAUACUGAGCUCCAUAUUCUCUAUAAUCAAGACCAGCUCCAUGGACACGUCGGUGCAGGAGGAGGUGGAGAUGAUGGUGGAGUCCCUGUUGGACGUCCUCCUGCAGACCCUGCUGUCAAUCAUGAGCAAGAGCCAAUCGCAGGAGGCGGUAAGGGGUCAACGCUGUCCGCAGUGCACCGCGGAGAUCACUGGAGAGUACGUGUCCUGCCUCCUGUCGCUCCUCCGCCAGAUGACAGAUAUUCACUUCCAACACCUGAUGGAGAACUUCCAGAGCAAAGAGGAGCUGAAGGAGUUCUUGCUGAAGAUCUUGUGUGUGUUCAGAAAUCUGAUGAAACUCAGUAUUUUCCCUCGUGACUGGAACAUCAUGAGGCUCCUCACCAGCAACAUCAUCCUGACCACAGCUCAGUACUUGUCACCUGCGCUGCACAAGAACUUCACAGAAGCCGACUUUGACUUCAAGGUGUGGAACUCGUACUUCAGUCUGGCUGUGCUGUACAUCAACCAGCCCAGUUUACAGCUGGAGAACCUGAGUCCUGCCAAGAGGAAGAAGGUGUUAGACAAGUACGGUGACAUGAGGGUGAUGAUGACCUACGAGCUGUUCAGCAUGUGGCAAAACCUCGGUGAGAAUAAGAUCCAUUUCAUCCCCGGGAUGAUCGGCCCGUUCCUGGGCGUGACGCUGGUCCCUCAGGUGGAGGUGCGAAACAUCAUGAUCCCCAUCUUCCACGACAUGAUGGACUGGGAGCAGCGCAAGAACGGAAACUUCAAACAGGUGGAGGCCGAGCUGAUUGACAAGUUGGACAGUUUGGUUUCUGAGGGAAAAGGUGACGAGAACUACCGAGAGCUCUUCAGUCUGCUAACCCAGCUGUUCGGGCCGUAUCCCAGUCUGUUGGAGAAGAUCGAGCAGGAGACGUGGAGAGAGACGGGGAUCUCCUUCGUUACCUCCGUCACUCGGCUGAUGGAGCGACUGCUGGACUACCGUGACUGUAUGAAAGGAGACGAGACGGAGAACAAGAAGAUCGGCUGCACCGCCAAUCUGCUGAAUUUCUACAAGUCAGAGAUCAAUAAGGAGGAGAUGUACAUCCGCUACAUCCACAAACUGUGUGAUAUGCACCUGCAGGCUGAGAACUACACAGAGGCGGCCUUCACUCUGCUGCUGUACUGGGAGCUGCUGCACUGGGACGAACGUCCUCUGAAGGAGUUCCUUCAUUACCCGGCUCAGACCGAGUGGCACCGCAAAGAAGGACUCUGCCGCAAAGUCAUCCACUACUUCAACAAGGGGAAGUGCUGGGAGUUUGGUAUUCCUCUCUGCAGGGAGUUGGCCUUCCAGUAUGAGUCUCUGUACGACUACCAGAGUCUGAGCUGGAUCCGGAAAAUGGAGGCUGCGUAUUACGACAACAUCAUGGAGCAGCAGCGCCUGGAGCCCGAGUUCUUCAGGGUCGGGUUCUACGGCAGGAAGUUCCCCUUCUUCCUCAGAAACAAAGAGUUCGUUUGUCGCGGCCACGACUACGAGCGGCUGGAGGCCUUCCAGCAAAGGAUGCUGGGAGAAUUCCCACAGGCCAUCGCGAUGCAGCACCCCAAUCAGCCGGACGAGGCCAUUCUGCAGUGUGACGCUCAGUACCUGCAGAUCUACGCGGUGACACCGGUGCCGGACAGCGUCACCGUCCUCCAGAUGGACCGAGUCCCCGAUCGCAUCAAGAGCUUCUACCGCGUCAACAACGUCCGCCGAUUCCGUUACGACCGACCCUUCCACAAAGGACCCAAAGACCGAGACAACGAGUUCAAGAGUCUUUGGAUCGAGAGGACGACGCUGAUCCUCACUCACCCUCUGCCGGGAAUCUCACGCUGGUUCGAGGUGGACAAGAGGGAGCUGGUGGAGGUGAGCCCGUUAGAAAACGCCAUCUCUGUGGUGGAGAAUAAGAACCAGGAGCUGCGGACUCUGAUCAGCCAGUACCAGCACAAGCAGCUGCACGGCAACAUCAACCUGCUCAGCAUGACGCUGAACGGAGUCAUCGACGCCGCCGUCAACGGAGGCAUCGCCAGAUACCAAGAGGCGUUCUUUGAUAAAGAGUACAUCACCAGCCACCCUGAAGACACGGAGAAGAUCACACAGCUCAAAGAUCUGAUGCAGGAGCAGGUUCACGUCCUCGGAGUCGGCCUGGCUGUGCACGAGAAGCUGGUGCACCCAGAAAUGCGUCCCCUGCACAAGAAGCUGAUCGAUCAGUUCCAGAUGAUGAGGAGCAGCCUCUGCCACUGUUUCUAUGUGGCUCUGCAGGGUCUGCCUGGUCUAGACAAGGCCGGCUCAGGAGCCAACACUCCCCGAGGGAUCCUGGCCUCCCACAGCCCCAUGAGCCCCGAGAGCUUCAAGCUCAUGCACCGGCACAGUGAGACAGGAACCGUUGGCAGUCUGCUGAUCCUGGCUGACGGCGUGGUGGUGGAGCAUCCUGAGGACUUCUACCGCAUGCAGGCAAGCCCCUCCUCCUCCAGCCUUAGCUCCACCCACUCAGCACCCUCCCAGAUGAUGAACUCCGCCCCCUCGACCAUCAGAGUCGGCUCGCCGUCUCUGCCGGAUAAAUACAGACACAACCGAGAGAUGCUGAUGCUGCUGCCGCCGCACAGAGAGAGGCCGAGCAGCGCCAUGUACACCAACAUCACCGAGAACGGACAGCCAACCAACUUCCAGCGAGCGUUGUUCCAUCAGGUGAUUGGUCCCUGCAAACCCUGCAGCGACCCCAACCUGUCUGUGGCUGAGAAAGUCCUCACCACUCCCAGCAGUUGGAGUUUGGACAGCGGGACCAGAGAAGCUCUCCCCUUCCUGUCAGCCCACGUUGGAAGUGUCAUGGCGCCUCCUGUUCCUCCACGCAACCUUCCUCAUGGCCAACACGUGUCGAUGCACUUUGACGCUUUCCACCACCAGGUCAGCGACCUCCCUCCAGCUCUCCCUGCGCGCUCCUUAAGAAAGUCUCCCCUGCACCCUAUACCUGCCUCGCCCACCAGUCCACAGUCCAUCCUGGAUGGCAGUAACUCCACCCUGUCGGGCAGCGCCAGCUCCGGAGUCUCCUCCCUCAGUGAGAGCAACUUCGGGCCCGCCUCCUCCUCCGACCCCCCGGCCAGUCGCACAGACACCCUGGACUCCGUCCCCAGCAGCCAGGCCUGGACCACCGACCAGGAAGACCUGGACUCGCUCUACCAGCCCGUCAGGUACAGCAUCUCCGAGCCCGAAGUCCUGGACGGGGUCAAACCCCCGCCCUGCCGCAGCCACUCCGCCCCGGGAGGCGUCGCCCCGGCCCAGGCAGGAGUCCAGAUCCAGCCCCAGGCUCCGGGUCCGGCCUCCACCGGAGCUCCACAACACCCGCAGCAGCAGCAGCAGCAGCAGCAGCAGCAGGACGGGCUGACGCACCCGCAGCUCCACCACUACUACCACCACUUCCACCCACACUACAUCCCCCACCACCCGCCUCUCUACCACCUCCACGAGCCUCCACCCGCCCUGCCCCCCAAACCCUACCUCAGAGAGGGCUGCAUCCCUGAAGAAGACCCCCUGAACACCCAGUGUGCUCCUCCUCCUCCUCCUGCACCUCGACCGAUGCCGCGCAAGAUCUCCCAGCCCAUAAUCGCAGCGACCAAGGACGAGCAGGCUAAAGUGGCGUGGGAGCACGGCAUCAGCGAGGAGUGAGGCGCGACUCACGACCACGGUGGCACUCACUGAUUUAACAGAAUAUAAACUCUUUUGGAAAGAGAGGAAGAGAGAGUGAUGACCUGUCAGCUGUCCUGGUUCAAUAACCAAACUAAUCACUAAAGAUGAAGGUUGUUAUUGAUCGGCUCUCAGCGUCCGUUAACCAAACGACCUCCCUCCUGUCGCUGCAUCCUUAUACGAGCACAUCCAGCUUAUAAAAUUAUAUUUAAUCAGCUUUUUUUCCCCACUAAAUCCGUCAUAAUAAUGUUCACACAUAUUUCUAAACUGCACAGAAGUUUCUAAUGUUACUUAUUGAUCAUUUCCAUUGAUAACACAACUCAAACAUCAGAUUAAAGAUUCUAGACUCGAAUUCUAACUUUUCGACAAGCAGCACUUUAACAAAAAACACCAGAACACAUUAAUAAGAACUUAACAUAUUUUUUAUAAAACCCAGAACUGUGAGAGGAAUCACAGAUAUUGACGACAAAGAAAGAAAUUAUAAUAACGAAGACGCAACAAAUCGAGAUCGUCCCACUUCAGACAAACUGCUGAAACUAAAAACACACAUUAUAUUUUCCAACCAGAAACAUGUAGAUAAAUGUAAUUCUCUAUAUAAGAAGUAUAUAAUUUAUAUUUAAUCGUUCUACUUUUGAUUGAAGGUGUAGAAAUAUGCAAGAUAAAAGGCUUCCUGAGCCGUCAGUAGCUGCUCGGCGACGGCGUGACGACAUAAACUUUCACUUCACAAAGUUUCAGGGUCGAGAAAUUAAUUAAUUUAAGCUUUUGAUGUUAAAAAUGAGCCAUGAGUGAUUUUUUUAUUUUAUUAUUUAGCUGAUGAGGUGUGAAGGGACGAGGCGUCAGAUAUUUAUAGAGAAUAUUAACGAUAAUAAACACACUUUUUGCCAUUUUUUUUUAAAUGAAAGUGAUGAAUUUUUUAAUCGGGAAACUGUUUUGUACGUUUCGCAUGUUGAGUCACUGGAGCUGAAACAGACUGUGAGCAGGUGAACGACUGGAGAACUUCUGUCCGCGCUGAGGAAGAAGAAGAACUUCGAUCGUGACGGAUGAUUUACUCUCGGUGUUUAACGUGCUGUGAAGGACUUUUUGUAUUUUGUUUGUUUUAAAAGAAGUUAAGCUUUUUACUUUUUAGCCACCAGCUCAGAUUGUGUCCUUCCUGUAGUCCUGUAAUCCAGCGAGUCUCUCCUCGCCCUGCUGUGGCUGAAAUGAACAAAACUGAACUGUGAACAGCUGUUAGCUCGUCUGGUUUAGCUUCUAAACCGCCAAACCUGUUUAACCGGCUCUGUGUUUCCUGCCUGAGGUCAGAUCACAGCCCCACUUUAACCACAGAGGAAGAUUAUGAACGUAUUAAUGUGCACAGAUCUGAAUCAUAAAGUCUCAAAGAGCCUCUCACAGGUAAAAGUUCUGAAUUAAUAAGAUGUUUUAAGACACGGUUGGUGAUGUAGAGACCCAGAAAUGAGUUAGCAUGUUAGCAUGUUAGCACUUCCUGUUCCUUCGUCUCAAAGUCUGGGAGUUUUUAAAGUGUUUUUUAGUUAAAUGUCUGAUGGUUAUCACAGGCACUGAUUUAUUUACACCUUCCACAACAUUAAAUACAUAAUUUAAUGUCCCACAGUUUGAUUAUAAAGCUCAGCGGCUGCUAACGAGCGUCUGAAUGAGGCUACAGAGGUUGUCAGAGACAUUAAACGUCUCAUCUAAAUGUGUUUCUACGUCUCAUUUAUAGAUAAACGCAGGUGAGGAAAUGAAGCUCGAGCACUUAUAAGAAUCAGACGUACAGCUUCAUACAUCUGAGGAAAAAACUGCAAAUAAUAUUUCCUUCUUUAUGUUAAUCGACACAGUUUGAUGCCCAGAUGUGUUAAUCCGCUGCUGAAAAUAGUCCCCCAGCAACAACUCCUCCUGUUUACAGUCUGAUUCAACUGAAUGAAGGUUGAAAUGUUCAGUUUGUGUUUCAAACAUCUGUUUGUGUUUUAUAGUCGACCUCGCUGGCAAACACAGGGUAGACAGAAUAAUAGAAACAGCUGUCAGCACCACCGGCUGCUGUUUAAUUGAUCUAAUGUUGUUUAAAACCUUUUGUUAUUCAGACAUUUAGAUAAUCGGGAGAAUAAUUAUUUCCUACUGAUGUUCUUCUUGAUAAUUACCGUCACACAUCAUGUUGUGAUAUUUUAUUUCCCUGCAUGUGAAAGAACAGAACGUCAGCACAAUCUGAACAUCAUGAGCUUCAUUUCAACAGUGUAACUGCAGGAUUGUUGUAUUCCACUGCAUCAGUUUCAGACAGUUUUACCAAAUAAACUGGAUAUAUGAAGAAAUCUUGCAGUCAAACCUUCACAUGAUGUUUUAAAGAAAGUUCACGUCUAAAAAAAAAAAAAGAACUAAGAACUAUGCAAAGCCCGUCAUGAUCAGAGAUUCUUCUUUUAUUUUGACGUCCAGUUUGAAAUAAGUUUGUUUCUAAGUUGCUUUAACAAAACACAAACCAUGAGCAUGCUCGAGAGGCGUUUACUGAAAAUGUGGAACUUUAUAAAAGUUAGUUUCCUGUAAGAAGAGCACAGGGUGAACUGACAGUCAGUGAACACAUCGUGACACUAACACACUGAACACACCUGUCUGCUUGUUUCGUUGGGUCAAUGUGAAGGGAAGCUGACGGAGAGUUGUGUGUACAUAAACGAGGACAGAGUGUAUUUAUACUGAUCAUAAAGGGCAAACCUUGUAUACAUGUAGAUUGUGAUCGUCUUGCCUUGUACUUUCUGAUGUAAAACUGUUUUUAAACCUAAACAACACAACUUCCUUUUGUCUAAUGAUUCUGAUGAUUUCAGGGCAGCUGAGCGGAGGUCCGUUAUUAUUUUGUGUAUUUUGCAUCAACGACAAAUCCAGAUAGUCGAGUUACUGCGACGGUUUUCCUUUGUACAACGAUGCUAAUGAGUAUUUCUUGUAUAUAAAAAGUCUCUGUUGUGUUAGCAUGGGUGUAAACUGUGUAUGUGUAGGACAGUAGAUGUAAAUACUCACGUUCUUUUUUUUUUCCUACUCACUAAACAAACUGCUGUGUUGUGGAUUCAUGAUUAAUGACAAACAUUAAACUGUAAUGUUUUAUUGACUCUGCUGUGAUUCAGCCGGCUUUUAUUUCACCUUUAGAUCAGUGUUAAAAUACUCUGUUACAUGUAAAUCACACAACACAAAAAAAACUCAGAACUGCUGCAGCUGAUAUAACCAUCAGCUACGAUACAACUCGAGGAGGCUCAUAUCUCAGAAUGAAGUUAUUAAAUGUUACUGUUGAUGUGAUAAAACACAACAGUCCACCUGUGACACUGACGGCAGAUUAGAACAGAAUAUAUCAGAC